AUGAAGCUUUCGGCAAUUUGCCUCGUUGUGCCUGCCCUAUUGACACUGGGUAUUCACGACGGAGGGCUCAUCGAGGGCGUAGAAGCAGAUGAGAUUCCCGCAGCUUCAAGUGCUCUUCAAAGGUUUAUUGACAGCUUAUGCUUGGAGACAUUUGCUCGCGCUUGCGAGGAUAAUCCUCAUUUCUGCACCACUGCGGUUGCCCGCCGUGGGGUUGGCAGCAACGCGUCUGAAGGGGAGGCCUGGCGAUGCUACUCGACUACAGAUGUGGACUUUUCUCUGACGGCCAAGUGCUGCGUGGACGACUGUGGCGAGCUCAUUGAGUGUCAGGGAUCUACCAAGGAAGGCUCGCUGGAGCAUCUCAGCCCGACUGAGGCACUUGAGCAACUGCUACAGGAUGUGCAAGACGGAACGUGCAAAAUUCACGUACGGCACACACCUGAUGCACCUGAGUACAACCCACAAGUAAUGAUAGAAGUACUGAGCUGGCAGGCUUUUCUACAUUUUGGUGUAUACAAACCUGCGCUGAAGUUGGUUCCCACGAUCUAUCUUGGUGCACCGCAGGUAGCCAGAGGCGAGUAG